AUGACGGCAAUUAGGAAAAGCCGAGAGGACCCUAACGGCCUGAAAGGAACACAGAUCCCAUUUAUAACAACACCUAAAAACAUCACCAAGAGCGGAUUAUGGAAAUUAAGAACAAUGUUCCAGAUUGGAAAAACAGCUAAUAUCGUAAGAGAGUUUAACAGAUAUAAGUUGGACAUAAUGGGCGAAGUAAGAUGGACAGGCUUUGGUGAACUAAAGAUAACCUCUGGAGACUCCGGAGCUGAGGAACAUCAUAGAAGAGUAGGACUUAUACUCAGCAGGAAGAGCCGACAAAGCUUGAUGGAAUGGAAUCCUGUUAAUGACAGAAAUAUUAGCGCACGCUUUUUCUCCCGCUUUGCUUAG